CAGUGCAGAAUGCUCGCUACGGAAUCAUCACUCAUUCCGGCAGUCGCAUUCAUAGAGGAGUACAAUUGAAAACGGAAAAAUGGAUCUGCGCGGAAUUCUGCCAUUUUAGCUAAAUGUUAGCAGCUCCAACCUGCCGGGACGCGUUGAAUUCUCCCAAGAUAUUUCUUUUCCGCUGCGUUCCUUUGGCAGGUGUGCCUAUAGCCGUUUCAUCUGCUGGAUCGUAUGAAUAUCCAGCAAAGAAAGCAAAUUAGGAACUUUAAAAUUUCCUCACUGAGCUUUCAGUGAUGCUGGUGGAAUCGACCAAGCUGGCUGCGACUGAGGGCCUGCUGAGAGCAGGGGUGGCCCAGCAGGGGGUUGGGGAGGAGGUGGACAUGGAAGAGUACAGCAGCUCUGGGUCAAUGCAUUCAUCCACGUCGAGCGGAGCCUGGAACCCUCCCACCAUGCUCAUCAAGCAGGAACCGAAUCAAGCUAACUUUGGCUUCUACGGCCAGGAGGCGCCACCUCUUCAUCAUCCCCCUACGAACCAUCAAGGCCACAGUAUGAGCCAGCCAGGUGAAUACCUCCAGCAGAGUCCCUAUUUUGAAGGGGGUCAUGCCGGAGCAGGCCAUGGGUGGCACAAUCCUGGCGAGGUUUGCGGUCCCCCUCCGCCCUCCGCGGAGGAAGAGAGCGUGCCCCGCAAGAGAGGGCGCAAGAAGCUGCAGGCGGAGGCCGGGCUCGACCCAGAGCGACCCAUAGUCCGCAAGAGGGGUCGACCGAGGAAGUACCCUCUGAUGGACGGGUGCAAAGGCAUGGGGGAGACGGUCGAUGGAAUGAAGCAGGAGAGGAUUACAGACACAUUUAAGCAGCGCAAGAAGAUUGACCGUUUCGAGGGCAUGCCCGAAGAAGAGGUGGCCAAGCGGACCUUGCCUGACCAUUUGGUGCCUAAUCUGGACAUUGUCAUUAUUGGCAUCAACCCAGGUUUGUUUGCUGCCUUCAAGGGCCAUCACUAUGCUGGACCCGGUAACCAUUUCUGGCGCUGCCUGUUUCUGGCGGGGCUGAUUCCGGAGCCCAUGACAGCCGUGGACGAUUUCAAGCUUAUCAAAUACGGCAUUGGGUUCACUAACAUCGUGGCUCGCACCACACGUAGCAGCGCAGACCUGUCCAGAAAAGAGAUUAAAGAAGGUGCAGAGAUUUUACUGGACAAACUGAAGGCCUUCCAGCCACGGAUAGCUGUCUUUAAUGGCAAAGGUAUCUACGAGAUAUUCUCUGGGAACAAAAACUUUGUAUUCGGGCGGCAACCAGAACCCAUAGAAGGGACCAAUGUGUCUGUUUUCGUAAUGCCCUCUUCGAGCGCGCGCUGUGCCCAGCUGCCACGGGCAGUGGACAAGCUGCCGUUCUACGUCGCCCUAAAAAAAUUGCGGGACCACCUACGGGGAUUGUUGCCCGCUCUCCACCCUUCUGAGGUCACCUUCCCGGACGUGAAACUACGGGUCGAAGCCAAAGAUGAGUUCGACGCCGUCGCGGAUGAGCAGGAUUGCCAGGAACCUCUGGAAGGCGGAAUGCCUUCGUAUCCGCAGAUCAAGGAAGAGCCUGGCCUGGCCUCGUGCCCCAGACAGGAGAACCCCCCGACGCCUCGCAAACGGGGCAGGAGAAAGAAAUCCGAGCUGGCCCAGUCGGGCCCCCAGGCCCCUCCUCUCCCCCAACAACAACAACAGCAGCAGCAGCAGCAGCACUACCCGUCCCAACACCAUCCCCACUACAAUCCUCAACCGCAGCAUCCGCAACAGCAGUCCCAUAACCCUAUGCCCAUCCACUACAACCACAUGCAUUCGGCUCCGUACUACAGGGACAACAAUUACAGGGGAGAAAACUAUCACGAUAAUAGUUACAGGGGGGAGGAGUAUAGAGCGGGUCCCGACUACAGAGAAAACGAAUACCGGGAAAACUACGGGGGCCCGACGUACGCCUCGAACUGGUCCGAAGAGGUCCAGAACUACGGAAAUUCCGCCCCGGAAAUGGGCGGCAUGGAGCCGCAGCAGGAGUGCAGCAUGCCUCCGAACGACGGUUGCCACGGUUCGAGUGAAGCGCAGUAUGCCGGCGGAUCGGCGAUGGAUGGAUCCGUGCCGGGUUCCAACUGGGCCUAUCCGUCGACGUACGAGCCGUCGGAGGACUUGUGUCGGUCGGACUUUCCCUCCUGGAUCAAGCAGGAGCCGUUAGAGGGUUGCGAAAGUGGUGGGGCAUACUGAGAGAGGUGGAAAAUGUCUCCGGCUCCGGGCACCUGUGGUGGCUGUGUAAGUGUGUGUGCAUUUUUCUACGAGACUCUCUCUCUGCCGUAUCGGGCCUUGCCUCUGCCAGUGACGCUGCAGUGCUGCCCGAUACUGUCGAUACGACAGAUUCUUGCGCGACGACGAAACCCCCCAUCCCCGCCCGGCAGAUCCUGUGACACUCUACGCAGUCCUGCAUAAACCCCUGCGCUGCGUCGUCUGUCUUCUCCAUAUCCGACACUUUUCGGCAGGAACACCUGCGGGACCAGUCGUGGUCACUUCUCAACGACGUAAAUCUGCAGCCAGCGGCACGAGCAAGACCUGGUGCAAUCCAUGGUGCAAUACCUGUGUUUGUUGCUCACUGCUCCGAAGGAACAGUAACGGACUGCUAACUUUUUUUUUUACCCUCUGAUUUUAAAUUAUGUUCGAGAAAAAAAAAAAAAGUGCCGCCCCCGGUGCCAUCGACGACGGCUCCCGUUCCAGGCGCACAUUGUAUAUAUCGCGAUCAUUUUUUAAUUUUUUUUUUAAGUUCCUACCGAGCGAGCAUAGUUUUUAUUUUAAAUUAUACAGUUUCAUAUGAAAUAUGUACACACAUUUAUGACGAUUUUUUUUUUUUUUUUUUUUUUCAUUGUUGUUAUUACGGUAACAGUUGUCAAUCGCGGUGUACUGUACUUUUUCACGGUGGGUACACUGAUCCGUUACAAACAAUACAGUCUGUGCGAGUGCGAAAAAAAAAAACAUGCUUGUGAGUAAAACACGUACUGUGAUGUGCCUCUCACAAUUUUUAUUUUUAUUUUAUUUUUUUUUCUUGACCCGCAUACUAGACACGAAACUCCAGGGUUUUCCAUGUAUCGAAGCGAGAGUUUUUGUGCCGUGUAAGCAAAGACCCUCUCUCUCCCACGCUCAAAGGGGCAUCGUAUCAGAUAAUCACGACGUGGCACACGCAUAAGUAUAAAGCGUGUUUUUUUGCAAUUGUAACUAGUGUCAGACUUGUUGCACUUUGUCACCAUCCCAAGCCUUCCGAACAAUUGUUAUACCACUUGUUGCAUACAUGCAUCGGUCGACGUCAGGUCCUAAACUCUAGUGGUGCGAAAGCAGAUCAGGUCGGUCGGAGUUGACCUUUCAUCCCCCCAGUACCAAAGAACUAGUGAAAAGAUGGGCAUGGUUUUUUGCAGUGAACUUAAUCGUGAUUACUGCAUUUUUUCAUUUUUUUUUUACUGUUAUGCACAAUGCUGUCGUAGUAGGUACACAUUCUUUAGAUCGGUCUUUUGUCUCUUGGUCUUUCUCGAUUGACCUAAGUGCCAAGAUUACCAUGACUUCCACGUGAAGGCGAGACCUACAAGAUUGAGCCUCGCAGAAAUAUAAUUUACGAGCGUACAAUGUACAGAUUAUGAGACAGAGCACGAAUUUUCUCACCACCUUGUAAAUUUUGCUCCCAAUUUACGGGGUGUACCUGGAUAAAGUAUGGCAUGUUCACCAUUGAAACUUGCGUAGAAGAUAAUGCCCCACAUACGCCCUUCGUAUUGCAGGGAUAAUGUUUUAAUUUUAAUAAAUCUGUUCUCAUUGUUUUUAUCACUGUUUUCUCAUAGUGUUCCUGCUGUUUUCUCUUUUGAACGUAUGGCAUCACCUUUUUUUUACUUUAUAAGCAAGCCGUUUGUCAGUCCUCCAAGCGAAUUAGUCUCCAGUGUUCUGUACACAACACUGGAUAAUGUAGAAUAUUCUCGUCGCAUUUUCAGCGAGCGCUCCUGAAUUGUCCUAAAAUAUAAUCGGCACAUGGUACUUCAUCUAGGUACACCGUAGGUAAACAUAGGUACCUCUGAGAGACAGAACUUUGAAUUACAUCAUAUACUUCCCUCUGAGUACCCACCACACAAGGACACGUAAAGCUGACGUGACAGCAGACUUGUGGAUUGGAUCUGCAAGAAUUUUCUAUUGCCUUUCUAUGACAUGUCGUUCUGAGCAAGUGCCAAUUAUAAGACGUAGCAUUUGAGAGUGUCAGUGCUACGGAAAUACUGCAGACUUACGCAGCGACAGCAACUUUGCUCACUUGUAGAUAGCAGUCGUUUUCGCUCUCGGUGAUGCCGUGGAAUAUUCCCUUCUUGUUCCCAUUGUUGUCCCCCUCGCUGAAUGUUGAACCGAGCAUGUUCCAAGCAGGCCUAACCCUCUCGACAAAAGGAGUGCCGGUCGUGCGGAGCGACUUCACUGCAGGCCUAAUUUAUUGCCCCCGAGGCUCCCGAAAGACUGCCCUUCUUCAUUAUUGCUGGUCACCAUUUCUCUGACGUUGCACGUCUUGUUGUACGUUAUGUUAUAAGUAGGGCCUGACUUUUUCGGGUUUUAUUUUUGGCCAAAUUCGGGGGGUAAAUAUCGGGCGAUAUUUUUCAUUGGAAAAUUCGGGUGUACUCGGGUUAAAUCCCGUUAUGGCAUAUUCUGUCGUCACGAAUUUGGGUGUAUUCGGGUGAUUUUUUAUUGUUUAAUAAAAAUUUGUCUUAACAUGGAACUAAUGCUUAGCAAUGUUAUCAAACUUUAUUUUAAUGCACGCUUAUGAGGGUGCCACGCGACCCGGAUGUUUUCGGGUCGAUUCGGGUUAAACCCGAAUUUUACAAAUUUCGUUCGGGGGGUAAAUAUCGGGCGGAUACGGGUUUAACCCUAAAAAGUCAGGCCCUAGUUAUAAGCGACAGAGCUGCCUUCAAUAGCAGCGGGAAGCUUUUAUUUUGCGGUACAGUCAAAUUGUUAUUACCAGCUGCAGUGCUAACACAGAACGUUGAGGUCCUCACGCUGACACUUGGCGACACUUCCAAGACUAGGGUAUGCUUUUAUAACUCUUUUAGUAGGGAUGAGUUCAGACCGUGGGAUGUGUGGAAAGAGUAUACAAAUUAAUUUGAAACAACCUGGCCCUGUAGCCGGGAUACCUUUGGACUAACUUGAUACCCUCGGUGUCUAAGCCGAUGAAGAUAUAAUUCUUCCUCUAGCUCUCGUUUAUAGAAAGUCUGCCCUGUUGUGGUCUUCCAAAGGGCAUUCUUUUGGUAACCCUCGUAAGUAGUUGUUCAUGUGUGUUGCUGGACAGUGGACAGCUUUUGAGUACCUGUUACAAAAAGCGACGUAUUUUGCGUUCACAUAUUUACCUGAAUAGUUUAGAAUAUUUUCUUGUAGCAGCAGAAACUAGGUUGUGAAAUCUGUUUGACCAAAACAUCAUGAGAACUACAGUGCAUGAACAUUUGUUGGUUAAACAAAACAUACAAAUUCACAACAAGGCAAGGCUAUGGGAAUGGCUGCACGUAAACAUGCUUUGAACCGUGUUUGAUUGUGUCACUGUUCAUAUUUUUGUGGGAUUUUUUUUUUCUUAUUGAUUGAUUAAUCGAAGUGAUGUAAGCUGUCUUGCCACUACUUCUCUAUCUCUUUAGCCAUUCUUUCAAAGCAUCCCCAGCUGUCGAGAGUAUCUUGUAUAAAAUUGCAGCAAAAAUGUAUUUCUUGCAUUUUCUCCAUGCUUUCAGUGAAAACCGUUGAAACACAUUGAAAAACAGUGAAAACCAUUUACGACAAUAGCACUCUAAUGUGCUACAAUGUGCACAUGUCUCCAGAUUACAGCACUGGCCGUUUGUGGAACAUUUUGAGCCCGGUGGGUGGCGUAGCACCCGCUAGGACCCGCUAGGACCCUACGCAAAUCAGUUAAAUUAUCAUUGGUGGCCUCCUCAAUUUAUAACUGUGCAGCACGAUGUGUUUUGCCAUCCAGAAUUUAUUUGAACCUGUUCCAGCUGACUCUCUUGGAUCAGAAACGUUCCAAAAGGCCUAUUACGUAAUGCUGUGUUUCACAUGCUAUUUCUUUUCUUUCUUUUUUUUCUUUCUUUUUUUUUUCGACUAGCGUUUAGCCAAAUUGGUAUGUGAGUAGCUUUGAAAGCCUUGGCUGAGGUAAUUUCCUUCAAAUGCGAGCUUUCGCGGUCACUUUUAGCGUUAUCCUGCACGUUUUCGGUUACGACGAUUAUGUUCGUUAUAAGCGGGUUCACACUGCUUUUCAUUCACUUUUUAUUAUAUUGGAACUUCGCUAAUAGAACUAUUCGUAAAAUUAUAGGCAUACGUUUUUAAUUUCAAGGCUACAUUAGAAAUAUGCAUAACACAAAAGAUAUGGGUGCCCAACAGUGAAGUGCACCCUUCAUGUGCCGGGUUUUUUUUAGUUCCUGUGUGUACAACAAAAUGCAAGGUCGCACGCGACUAGGCGGCUAUUUUUCCGACCGGCUCUCGAAAGCGAAGCAGCCUUCACUCGAAUUUUGUUCGGAACAGAAAACAUAACGGGCGAUCUUGUGCAAAAUACGACUGUACAUUUCAUCAUGUCUUGUGUUCGACAUGAGUAAUGCGUCUAUCCCGUACCGGGCGUCUGCGGUCGUACAGCGUAAACGUCAACGUAACGAACACUCGCGCACAUUGGACACUGUUCUACAAGUGUUACAUUCUUUUGUAUAUACGUGUACAGUGAUACCUCGGUAAUUCGAAGUUGAGUGUAAAACAAAACUUCGAGCCCAGGGCCCGCUCGCACGAAACUUGUUUGAGGGAAAUACCCAACGAGUUUUUUUUCACUCAACGCACACCGGGUGCACUAAUGCGUGAGUGAAAAACUCAUUGACAGGACCGCAGCAAACGUUCUUAUUAACGGAGUUCGAAUUAACGGGGCUUCGCUGCAUAUAACACGAUUUAACUACCUGUUCGCGAAACGCUUUCUUAAUGUAUUCAUUGUUUUAAUACGGACAACGGUAUUACUUGAGCAUUUUGAGCUGGUGCUGCAUGGUUUUCAACUGUCGAGAGCGCUAGAUAUGAUGCUAGUCCCACAUGAAUUCCCCCAAAACGUUCUCCCGUCCCCACCCUCCUCCCCCUUUCUAUGGGUGUUGCACUAUUCCUUUUUCUCUUUCUGUAUCAAAACCGAAUAAAUGAGAGAUAUUUUAAACUCG